CCGUGAAACGAAAAGGUCCGACACUCUUGGCUCGAGACCCCGCGACCUCAGAACUUGCCCAAGUCAUCUUUCUUCCUUCUCGUGCGAUCGACAUCCACCUUUUUUUUUUUACUAUCACAACCGUUGCUACCAUAUACAUCCAACAUGGCCGACUCACUUACCGAAGAGCAAGUCUCCGAGUUUAAGGAGGCCUUUUCUCUCUUUGACAAGGAUGGCGAUGGCCAGAUUACCACCAAGGAGCUCGGCACCGUUAUGCGCUCUCUCGGCCAGAACCCCUCCGAGUCCGAGCUUCAGGACAUGAUCAACGAGGUUGACGCUGACAACAAUGGCACCAUCGACUUUCCUGAGUUCCUCACCAUGAUGGCGCGCAAGAUGAAGGAUACCGACUCUGAGGAGGAGAUCCGUGAGGCUUUCAAGGUGUUCGACCGUGACAACAACGGCUUCAUUUCUGCUGCUGAGCUUCGACAUGUCAUGACCUCCAUCGGCGAGAAGCUCACUGAUGAUGAGGUCGAUGAGAUGAUCCGAGAGGCUGACCAGGACGGUGAUGGCCGAAUCGACUACAACGAGUUCGUCCAGCUGAUGAUGCAAAAAUAAGGGACAAUAUUCUGAUACCUCAUCGACCAAACCCUCAGUCCUGCUAUCCUUAGACUCUCGCUAGUCGAUGAGUAACGAACACGCAUGGCAUGAGGAGGGAACUGGUUGAAUCUUCUUUACUUAGUGGCAAAACUGCAAGCGAAACGAAGGGCAUCUCGGACUGGUUGGACUGAAGUUGUGGAGGGUAAUCGGCUUGCUUCCCGUGUUACUUGCUAUCUCUGCGGCUUUUGUGCCAUGGAAUCUACCUGCAUGGCUUCUAACAACUGAACAAUUUUCCAUUUGGCCCGCAA